UAACUUUUCUAUAAACUUUCAUCUGAGUAUUUUAAUUCACUCAUGCAUUUAGCUUUGUAUACAUAUAGAUUUAUAUACGGGAAUGAACGUGAAUAGUUUUGAAGCUUCAAGAAAUGGAAUACCGAUGUUUAUUAUCACUUUUUAACUAUAUUUUAUGAUAUAUUUAUCAAAAAAAUUAUAAUUGAACGUUUCUUAUCAUUUAUAUAGUCUAAACGAUAUCGUAUAUUCGUUUAUGAAAAUAUUCUUUAUUUUGAGUGAAGUUGCGUAAGGAAUAAUAAAUUUUGUAAAAUAUGUAAAAUAAUAUAAUUAAUUUUUUUUUGUGAACGAUUUAUAUUUAACGUAGGAAAUUAUUUAUAAAAUAUUAUUGUUCAUUAAGUAAUAUAAAUAACCUAACCGGUAAAAAUGGCAUCAUCAUUAUCAGCAUAUUGGGUAAAAUUUUUUAAAGGAGCAGGAUUUCCCCAAGAUGUAGCUACAAAGCAUGCAGUUGUGUUUUCCAAUAAUCGUAUUAAACCAGACAUGUUACCUGACUUAGACAAACCUAGUCUCAAAGAAAUGGGAAUUACUUUAAUGGGAGAUAUGAUUGCUAUUUUGAGAUAUGCAAAAAAAGUGGUUGAAGAAACAACAUGUGAAAGAUUCUUAGUUGAUACAGAGGAUAAUGUUGGAACACCCAAACCAAUAGUUAAAAAAGUAGCCACUAAGGCAACUAGUUCUACUUCUAAAAUAAUUACUUCUAAACUUAAAUCUGAUAUAUUAACUACAAAGAAGAUUGUUAAAAUUCCAACCAGUUCAGUUAAAAAAACUGUUAUUCCUAAAAAACCUAUAUCGACAUCAGGUGAAAUAAUUACUGAUUUAGCUAAUCAAAAGAAACAAACUAUUCUUAAAAGAAAAUUGAAAGAAGAUAAUGAAUUUGAUAGUAAUAAUGAAGAUGAAUGGCAAGAAUCAUCUAAAAAAAUAAAAUCACUUGACAAUAAAGAUAAUAAAGUUGGAUAUACUAUAAUACUUCCAAAAGGAUCAACAUCUAGAAGUCAACAAAUUCUUAAAAAAUCUGAACAAAAACGAACUGUAUUUGAUAGGUUGGGUGAUAGCUCUGUAACUAGUACAACAAAUCCAACUGAAACAUUACCAACAUUUAAUAUUACUGGAUUAGGAAAAGAUGUUUUUAAAAGAUCUGUAAGUGUUUUUAAUCGAUUAGGAGAUAAAGAUGCGAAAAAAGACAAUACCAUGAUUCAAACAGGUAUAUUAAAAAAUGGAACAAAUAAUACAGGAAUAUUAAAAACUAGAAGUCCUAGUUCAAGAACUUCAAUUCUUACAACAAAUAAAGUUGUAAAAAAAAAUAUGGGCACAAUGCGAGCUGAUCAAGAAGCAAAUAGAAAAGUUAUGUCUAAUAAUGUUACACAAUUAGUAAAAACAACUAAAAGAAUUUCUUUUAAUACAUCUUCAAGAGAUAACAGAAUAAUAAAAUCCAAUAUUACAUCUGGAAAAUUAGCUUCAGAAAGAUUAACUUCGAUACCGGCAAAAGCACGUUUAGGAGUAAUUAAAACAAACGGUGCUAAACAAGUAACUUUCGAUAGAAUUACGACAGUGGCACAUGUAAAAAAACCAGAUGUAUUUAGUCGCCUUGGAAUUUGAAUAAUCAUUUAUACAUUUAUCUGUUUCUUAUUAAAUUAAUAUACAUAUAUAUAUAUAUAUAUAUAUACAUAUAUAUGUUGUGAUCAGAAAUUCUUUGUACAAAGUUUAUAGUUUCCUACUACAUAAAUGAAGAUAAGAAAAAAAAUGAUUAUUAAGUUAUGUUAAUUAAGGAGAGAAAAAUUAAAUACCAAAAUUAUUUUAAAAAAAUUAGAUUAUUAACAUUUUUUAACAAAUUGAAGAAUUUAUUUCUCUCUCAGUUUGCAAUAAAAAGAAUUUGUAAAUAUCAUACAAUUUACAAUAUAAAAAAUAUCUUGCAAUUACAACAGAAAUGAACGCGUUUUAAUUUAAUGAAGUACAUAAAAAUUAUAAUAUGUUUUAUAAUAAAAUCAUUGAUAUAAUUUUAAAAUGUAAUUGUAUAAAUGUAAGUAAAGAAAAAAAAUACAAAAUUUAAUUGUUAAUAUAUGUAAAAAAAGUUAAUAUCAAUAGGUUUAUUAUAAACAAGUAACAAAUUUUUAUACAAAACAACUUAUAAUUUUCAUUAGAAAUUACAAAAUACUUAAAUCAACAGAGUAAUACGUAAUUUACAUCUAUAAUUUAUAUAAUUUUCAAAUGUAUGUUUGUAUGUUAUCAAUAAAUAAUUUAUAAUAAAAAUAUAUAAAAAUAUCGUAUGUAUUAAAACAAAAAUACAUAUAUUGUAACAAUAAGAGAA